AUGGAGGAUGCGGAGACUAAUGGUGAUGGGCUUCCGCUUUCUACCAAGGCCAAGGUGUUCGAUAAGACAGAAGAAGUAAACGAUUCGCCAAUCGAGCAAGUCAAGCUCACAGUUCCAAUUACGGAUGAUCCUUCAUUACCAUGCUUGACAUUUCGAACAUGGGUUUUGGGGAUGGCAUGUUGUGCUCUUCUGGCAUUUGCGAAUCAGUUCUUCGGUUACCGUCAAAAUGUACUCUAUGUGACAUCAGUUUCAGCUCAGAUUGUAGUGCUGCCAGCAGGAAGGCUUAUGGCGGCAGUUUUACCAAACAAAUCUAUUCGUUUUCCAGGAACGAAAUGGUCAUUUUCAUUGAAUCCAGGGCCUUUCAACUUAAAAGAACAUGUCCUGAUCACCAUAUUUGCAAAUGCUGGAUCGAAUACUGUGUACGCAGUGGGUAUUAUCACCAUUGUGAAGGCAUUUUAUCAUGGUCAAAUAGAUGUAGCACCAGCUAUGUUAUUAACGCAGACGACUCAGUUGCUAGGAUAUGGAUGGGCAGGAAUUUUCAGGAAGUUCCUUGUUGAUUCACCUUACAUGUGGUGGCCUUCCAAUCUGGUUCAAGUUUCCCUCUUCAGGGCAUUGCACGAAGUUGAGAUCAGGCGUAAGGGAGGCCUAACAAGGCUGCAGUUCUUCAUCGUGGUCCUUGCAUCAAGCUUCGCUUACUAUAUAGUCCCUGGCUAUCUAUUCCAGUCUAUAACUGCACUUUCCUUUGUCUGUUGGAUAUGGAAGGAUUCAGUCACUGCCCAACAAAUUGGUUCUGGUCUUCAUGGCCUCGGCAUCGGAUCGUUUGCCAUCGAUUGGUCAACCGUAGCUGGCUUCCUAGGAUCUCCCUUGGCCUCUCCUGGAUUUGCUAUUAUCAACACAUUAUUUGGUUAUAUCAUAAUCAUCUACAUCAUAAUCCCCAUAGCUUACUGGACUAACUCAUAUGAUGCCAAACGUUUUCCCAUUUUCUCUGCACAUGUUUUCAAUGCUGGUGGACAACCCUAUGAUGUUUCAACAGUUCUAAAUGAGACAACCUUCGAAUUCAAUAAACAAGGAUACGAUGGUUACAGCAAAGUCAACCUAAGUAUCAUAUUUGUUUACGCUUAUGGUCUAAGCUUUGCUGUAUUGGCUGCUACAUUAACUCAUGUAGCUCUUUUCCAUGGAAGAGAAAUUUGGCAUCAAACUAAAGCAGCAUUUCAAGACAAGUAUGCCGAUGUCCACACUAGAAUAAUGAAGAAAAACUAUGAAGCUGUCCCUCAAUGGUGGUUUUACUCACUUUUGAUUGUAGUGAUCGGCCUAGCCAUGCUUACUUGCGAAGGCUUUGGUAGACAGUUGCAGCUUCCUUACUGGGGUGUCCUGCUAGCAAUUGGCAUGGCUUUCAUGUUCACCCUUCCAAUUGGUGUUAUUACAGCAACUACAAACAUGCAACCGGGACUCAAUGUUAUCACUGAGCUGAUAAUCGGUUACAUGUACCCGGGGAGACCCAUUGCAAAUGUGACUUUCAAGACCUAUGGCUACAUUAGCAUGUCUCAAGCAAUCAUGUUCCUCUCAGACUUCAAGCUGGGACAUUACAUGAAAAUUCCCCCAAAGUCCAUGUUUGUUGUCCAGUUAGUAGGGACUCUGAUUGCAUCUUCAGUCUACUUCGGCACGGCUUGGUGGCUCCUUACCUCGGUGGAAAACAUUUGCGAUCCAUCGAAACUGCCAGAAGGCAGCCCGUGGACAUGUCCGGGAGACGAUGUUUUCUACAAUGCCUCCAUCAUUUGGGGUGUGGUUGGACCAAUGCGAAUGUUCGGACAUCUUGGUUUGUACUCCAACAUGAACUAUUUCUUCCUCAUCGGCCUUCUUGCGCCGGUGCCGGUGUGGAUGCUCUCUCGCAAGUUCCCCGAGAAGACAUGGAUCAAGUACAUCAACGUGCCUAUUAUCUUGAGCGGCCCAGGUGGUCUGCCAGCAGCAAAAACUGUGAACUAUACGUGCUGGUUUGCUGUAGGCAUUUUCUUCAACUUGUUCGUCUACAAUAGAUAUAAACGAUGGUGGGCUAGGCACAACUACAUCCUGUCAGCAGGAUUAGAUGCUGGGGUUGCUUUCUUGGCCAUUCUACUCUAUUUUACCUUACAAUUCAGGGACAUCAAUGGACCAAGCUGGUGGGGUUUGGAGUUGUCUGAUCAUUGUCCCUUGGCAGCUUGUCCGACUUACCCUGGCAUUCAGGCAACAACUGUGACUCCCAAUGUUGUUGUGGCUGCUGAUGGGAGUGGAAACUACCGGACGGUGUCGGCUGCACCAGAGGGGAGGAGUAGUAGAUACAUUAUAAGGAUUAAAGCAGGGGUUUAUAGAGAAAAUGUGGAUGUGCCAAGGAGCAAAACCAACAUUAAUUAUGUUUGGGGGUGA